UACAACAUUUGCACCUUUGUUUUCUCCUCGCAUCCCAAAAUAUAAAACUAAAAUCUGCACUUGUCUGCUCCAAUCAGUUUCUAUUUUUAUUUUGUUUCUUCGAGAAUGUGAUUGUUUGGGGGGGAAACGGAAAAGAAGAGAAGCACGAUGGAGUGGGUGAAGAUGAAGGAGUACGCGAGAGAGUUCAUGGUUGGAGUGGCGGAGAUGACGGUGGAGUUCGGAAAAGGUUGCAGAGACAUAGUCAAACAGAGUCUGGUCAACGACGACUCCUACAUCGUCAAAAACUUCGGAAGAGACUCCUACAUUGGAAAAACAGUGAGAGAACCUUUCGCUAAGCUUUUCGCCAAAUUGAGUUUCUUCAACGAGUACUUACCUGAGGACAAGGAUCCUCUCCACGCUUGGUCCGUUAUUUUCUUCGUUUCCAUACUCGCCUUCUUAGCUUUGUACGCGAAUUUUGAAUGUGAUCCGUACGCCGCCGCGGCGCCGGUGAAGCAAGUGUUCGUGCAUCCUCCUAGUGCCACUCGCGUAGUGCUUCCUGAUGGAAGGUACAUGGCGUAUAAGGAGCAAGGCGUUUCUUCUCACAAAGCUAGGUUUUCGGUGAUUGCUCCCCACAGUUUUCUUUCUUCCAGGCUUGCAGGGAUUCCUGGAGUGAAAGAUUCGUUGUUGGAAGAGUUUGGUAUUCGUUUGUUGACGUAUGAUCUUCCUGGUUUUGGUGAGAGUGAUCCUCAUCCCAACCGGAAUCUGGAAUCCUCGGCGACUGAUAUGGCGUUUUUAGCAAAUGCUCUUGAUGUGGACAAGUUUUGGGUGGUUGGUUACUCAAGUGGCAGCAUGCAUGCUUGGGCUGCGCUUAGAUACAUUCCUGAUAGGCUUGCUGGUGCAGCCAUGUUUGCUCCCAUGGUGAACCCAUAUGAUCCUAUAAUGACAAAGGAAGAGAGACGAAGAACUUGGAAAAAAUGGACACGAAAAAGAAAAUUCAUGUACUUCUUAGCUCGGAGGUUUCCUAGACUUCUUGCUUUCUUCUAUCGGCGGAGCUUUUUGUCAGGAAAGCAUGGUCAGAUUGAUAGGUGGCUGUCAUUAUCUCUGGGAAAUAGGGAUAAAGCACUGAUGGAAGAUCCAAUCUAUGGGGAAUUCUGGCAAAGGGAUGUGGAAGAAUCAAUCAGACAAAGAAAUGUGAAACCCUUCAUGGAGGAAGCUGCUUUGCAGGUCGCAAAUUGGGGUUUCAGCCUUUCAGACCUCAAGUUGCAGAAGAGAAAACAGAGCAGUAAUUUGCUCAGUUGGCUUAAGUCAAUGUUCACUGAAACUGAGGAAUAUAUGGGAUUUCUUGGCCCUAUACAUAUAUGGCAAAUUCAUUUCAAGUGUUCUAGAAAUCAAUUUGGAUGUUUUUUCCAGGGGAAAAUUUUGAGUAUCAGAGUUUUAACUUUAAUUAUUCUUAGUUUUCCUUUAAUGCUCAGACCAUAUAAGGGAAUGGAUGAUAAAGUGGUUCCUCCAUCGAUGACUGAUUUUGUGCACCGCUUGCUGCCCGGAGCUGCUGUACAUAAACUCCCAUAUGAAGGUCAUUUCACCUAUAUCUACUUUUGUCAUGAAUGCCACAGACAGAUAUUUACCACACUUUUUGGAACCCCACAAGGCCCACUCAGCAUUUCUAUAGAAGUAGAUCAAGCUACCCUAGAAGAAACCAAUAUUGAACAGUAAUAAGUAGUAAAAGAUGGUGAUUAUGCCACAAACUAGUAGUACACAUAAUAGGAUAAAAAUGCCCUUUUCUUUUUCCAUUCUUCUGGGCGAAACAUCACAAUUUUAUGAUGUAAAUACCGUAUAGUUUUGCUUCAUCUCCAAUGCAGCGGUAUAGGAAAGAAAAUAAAAUAAGUGUUUCUGCCCCUUCUUUGGGCCGUUGAACAUGUCUGUCCUACAAAUGUUGUAUUUAGAGUCCUUUACUGAACAACUCCCACAGUCUCACGACCUCAUUCCCUCCCCCUUCUUCACUAUUGAAAUACAAAACAUGCGUUUGCUAAUAGUGAGAUAUGAUACAAUUAGUUCA